CCAACAUCCUUUGAAACUAUCAUAUCUUCAGUUAAGAAACGCAGAACUUCGAAUAAUAAACAGAUUAAGCUACAUUUCAGCAUGGGUAGUGCUUCCCGCUAUGUUGAGCUCGCUCAGAGCCUGAUCGAGCAUGGUCCCCGCAAGACAAUGCAGACAUCCCGCCGCUUGCGGGCCGUUCACAAUCAUACCACUAUUGUGGAUACAACUCACGGAGUAUUUGUCUGGGAACAUGACAGUUUCCCCACUAUCUAUGUGCCGGCGAUUGAUGUGAAGAACGCGAAGCUGACUGAUAAGAAGAACAUCUCAGUGGAGCUCAAAGAGAGGGCCGCGAUAGCUCAGCUCGUCAUCCCAGCCCAUGAUAGUAUCAAGGAGGCAAAGGUGGACAAUGUUGUGCACUUCUUUCAAGAUGUGACCCUUGGGGCACUUUCUGAUAUGGUGCGGAUUGAGUUUCGCAGUAUAGAUCAAUGGUUUGAGGAAGAUGAACCAAUCUUCGUCCACGCGAAAGAUCCAUUCAAGCGAGUUGAUAUACUUCACUCCACGCGUCCCAUUGAAGUUAAAGUCAACGGCAAAACAGUUGCGAAAGCUACAUCAUCCAUGCAUCUCCUGGAGACAGGCUUGCCGACUCGUUACUAUCUUCCACUGUCUGCUGUUGAUCAGACUGUCCUGUCUAAAAGCACCGUCAAAUCCAAGUGUCCAUACAAGGGCGAGGCCGAAUACUAUAACAUUGUGAUCGACGGGAAAACCUUUGAGAAUCUGGUUUGGUAUUAUAAUCACCCAACUCUCGAGAGCGCAGCGAUUGCAAGACUGGUCUGCUUUUACAACGAGAAGGUUGAUAUUAUCUUGGACGGGGAGCUCCAGGAACGUCCCAAGACCAAAUUUGCAUAGCCUUGCAGACGGGCAAACAUGCAAAACCGAGAUGAAGUAUAAUUCAUCUUUCACGAUGGUCAUGGUCGAACAUUUACCGCCGGCCUGUUGUUAAUAUCACCUAAAUCUUGGCAUUGAUAUCUAUGCUCCUCCAAAAUUAAUUGAGCCACUUCCGACUCCUAAAUCUGUGCACCCCCA